AUGAGAGGAGUACAGAUUUUUACCGGGACUUCGCAUCCGGCUCUGGCUGAGACAAUCUGUGAGCGUCUAGGAGCUGUCCCUGCCCGGGCAGAUCUAGGGAAAUUCAGCAAUGGGGAAACCAGAGUGAACAUCAACGUCUCAGUACGAAACCAAGAUGUCUAUAUUGUGCAGAGCGGCAGCAGCAAGAUCAAUGAUAGUGUUAUGGAGCUACUGAUCAUGAUCUCUGCUUGCAAAGGUGGCUCUGCAAGAUCCAUCACAGCGGUUAUGCCGUACUUCCCAUAUUCUCGCCAAUCCAAGAAGAAGAGCCAUCGUGGCGCUAUCACGGCUCGAAUGCUUGCGAAUCUUCUCUCAGUAGCUGGUGUCGACCAUGUUGUCACAUUAGAUUUGCAUGCAUCGCAAAUGCAAGGAUUCUUCGGCAAGCCUGUGGAUAACUUGUUUGCUGAGCCCUUUAUUGCCCGCUGGAUCCGGAUGAACGUGCCCAACUGGAGAGAAGCCGUCGUCGUUAGCAAGAAUGCCGGAGGCACGAAACGUGUUACGUCGCUAGCAGACACGCUUAAGCUGAACUUUGGCAUUGUCACAACGGACAGGCGACGUCCUAAGGUGUCUGCUAGUAUGGCAGACAGUACGCUUUUCUUCGAUGCUGCCGAACCUGAAGCGGUUCGCACUCCGAAAGAUAACCAGCCGUUCGGUCUCCAGCUUCAAUCUGCCAAUGACUCGCCAGAAGAGGCUCUUAGCGAGACGAACGACGAUGUCGACUCGCAGUCUAUGCCGGACAGCCAUCUAAGACCGGGCACACCACCUGCGGCUCGUCGUCCUUCUGAAUUGGAAGCUACACAGGAGCAAACAGAUGUUCGUGUGUGUGAUGUUAUCACAGGCCGCCUCGUGCAGGGCCAACUCGUCGACGAUGAUUAUCCGUCCACGGCCCCUACUUCUAUGCCUGCAUCAGGCGGAGCCACCCCCGCCCUGACCGGUUAUCAACACAAUGCAGACGUUGUUCCUGACUCCAUGGUGAACUCUCUCAUUUCUACUACGUCGUCGUUACCACCGGAUCACGCACUUGGAGGCACAUUUGAUGCUGCGGAGUCGUCCGAUGAGGAGGGUAGUACUAGACACAAUGAAUCCGAGAAGACGAUCACGUUGGUCGGGGAUGUCCGCGACAGAACCGUCUUCAUUGUUGAUGACAUGAUCGACAAGUGCGGAUCGUGGAUCGCGGCCGCGGAGACAGUUGUGAAGCGUGGCGGCGCUAAUAAGGUCUACUGCAUUGCUACGCAUGGACUUUUUGGGGAAGAAUCUCUCGACCAGCUGGAAGCCUGCGACUCGAUUGAUUACCUUGUCGUAACAAACACAUUCCCCAUUUCUCCGGAUACUGUGAAGAGGUCGAAGAAAUUGAUUAUCAUCGAUGUCUCGAGUCUUAUCGCGGAGAGCAUCAGACGCCACCACUACGGUGAAAGUGUCUCCGCACUUUUCCACCUCAACACGAAUGAGUAA